GAGUUCCAAAAUAAAAGAGUACUCUGCCUCUCCGUUUUGGUGUUUUCCCCUUCGUUUCUCACCUCCUCUCUGCCCCCAUUUAUCCCAUCUCCGUUUCUUUCUCUCUCAACUUUGCUCUUCUCUGUUGGGUUUCUUCUUCUUUUCCCUCUCCCUUCUACUUUCUCUGCAUUUUCUUGGUUGAGUUCCAAGAGAUUCACCAACUACAACCCGCAUAAAACCCGAUUAACAUUUCCCAGAUCUGUUCUUCUCUGUUUUUUUUCUUUCUGUCUCUGUUUUUUUGACUUGAAGAUAUGAGUAAAGAAGAGUUUCUGAAGAUCCAGAAAUGUGUGUUGAAGGUCAAUAUUCACUGCGAUGGAUGUAAGCAUAAGGUGAAGAAAAUCUUGCAGAAAAUCGAUGGGGUUUUCACUACCGAGAUAGAUGCAGAACAGGGGAAGGUUACAGUCACUGGAAAUGUCGACGCCGCCGUACUCAUCAAGAAGCUGGCUAAAUCCGGCAAACAUGCAGAGAUUUGGGGCGGACAACCGGCGAACAACAACAAGAAUCAGCAGAACAACAUAGCUAAUCAGAUGAAAAACAUGCAAAUUGACAAUGCUAAAGGUGGGAACAACAAGGGUCAGAACCAGAAGGGUGCGGCUGCUAAUGGAGGAAACAAUCAGCCGAAAGGCGGCGGACAGGGACAGGGGCUGCCACCGGUGCAGGUGCAGCUUCAGCAGCUACAACAGAUGAAAGGGUUUCAAGAUCUGAAGCUUCCACCCCAAUUUAAGGGGUUGAAACUGCCUGUUAAAGAUCAAAACGUGAAUCUUCCCAAGGGUGGGAAGUUUAAUUUGCACGAAGGUGAUGACCUGAGCGAUGAGGAUGAGGAUGAGUAUGAUGAUGAGGAUGAUUAUGAUGAUGAAGAUGAACUUGAUGAUGAUUUGGGUAAUCUUCAUCUCCCUCCUGCGAGUAAGAUGAAACCCAUGAUGGGAAAUGGCCAGAUUCCGAAAAUUAUGAUGAAUGGGAACCUUCCCCCGGUUGUGAAUGGUCCGGCCGGCGGUGGUAAUGCCAAGAAAGGCGGCGGAGCUGUGCCGGUUCAGGGUAAUAACAAUGGGAAGAAUGGUAACGGCGGAGGAGGUAAAGGAAAUGGUGGCGGCGGUGGUGGAGGUGGGAGUAACCAAAAGCAGGGCGGUGGAGGUGGGAGUAACCAAAAGCAGGGCGGCGGCGGCGGCGGUGGGAGCAAUGGCAAAAACGGCAACGGCGGUGGAAAUGGGAGUAGUAACGGGGUGAACGGCGGUCAAAAGAUGACCGGUGGGGCAAACGGAAUGGGCCAUGAUUUACAGAGCUUCAUCGGUGCUCAUGGAUUGGGAAUGUCAAAUUUGGGUCAAAUGGGUGACCGGCCAAUGGGUCAAAUGAACAAUCUUCCAGCGGUGCAAGGUCUUCCCGCAUCAGCGGCGGCAGCCAUGAACGGUGGAGGCAGCGCCGGGAGGUUUAUGCCGGACAGCAUCUCCGCAAACCCCUACCAACAGCAGCAGCAGCAGCAACAGCAACAACAACAAUACAUGGCCCAAAUGAUGAACCAACAACAACACGCGCUUGGUCACCAACCAAUGAUGUACGCACGGCCACCGCCGGCCGUAAAUUACGUGCCACCGCCGUACCCAUACCCAUAUCCAUACCCACCACCGUACCACCACCCAUAUCCACCGCCGCAGCAGCAGCCAGAACCCUACACGUAUUUCAGCGACGAGAAUCCGUCAAGUUGUAACAUCAUGUGAAACAUGUGCCGCCGGAAUUUCAAGAUCGGAAUCUUCAUUAUACUCUGCUUCUUCUUCUACUAAGCUACUUGAUUGUGUAUGAUGUUGAUUUUGCUUGUUUUUUUUCCCGCUUUUUUGGAAUUUGAAGCUGGAUUAGAGUCUUUAAUCAUAUCAUUAAGCCAAAAAAAGAGGGUUAAUUAUAGAUAUAUAUAUAUAUA